UCUUGGUCGACCAAAUUGUGCGACGACUUGACCGAUAUCGUCCGUGGAUUGACCGAUCUUCUCAACGAGAUCACACGAGAUUAUGGAAUCGUUGAUCUAUCAAUCGGCCUUCAACAUCCGAAUGACAAUGAGCGUGUGGCUGUGCUGCAAUAUCCGGGUGACCUGCAAAUUGAAUCUGAAGGACGGCGAGAUCCUGAAGCGUUGCGGCGAUGGAACGCUUACAACUCGUUCGACAAUCGCCUACUGCCAAUGCCAUCAAAUAUGGGAAUCGGUAACGCUCGAUCUGUGGCUCAUUUCCACUCUCUGAUUGCUGAACGGAAAAUUCUUAGCGACGCAUUUCAUAAGAAUUUGGAGCGGCCCGUGUUAGAGCACGACUAUGACCAUGUGAUCGGCUAUGAGGAGAAUAAGGGCUAUGGAUUUCAGUUCACGAAGAAUCCGAAGGGACAGUGGAUAUUCGGGCAUUCUGGAUUUGGAGGUCAAAAUGUUCGAGUGGAUAUGCAUAAUGGUCUUUCGUACGCCUAUUUGUGCAACGGUCUGAAAAUCUCUGACGCUGAUCUCGUAGAGCCGUGGAAACGACUUGUCGACAAAUUAUAUUCUCUGUUAUGA